UUAAAUGAGUUAAUUAAUGAAAGAGUAGAAAAAUCAAAACCAUUACAAUACAUACUUGGUACACAACCAUUUUGUGAUUUAGAAAUCAUCACUCAAUCACCUGUAUUGAUUCCAAGAUGGGAAACAGAGGAAUGGACAAGCAAAGUUAUUUCGAUGCUUGGACCAUUUCUUCAAGAACGAAAAGGUAAAGAAAGAACAAAAUUUGAAAUCUUAGAUAUAUGUACAGGAUCAGGAUGUAUUGCAUUAUCACUUGCUCAUCAUCUUCCAACAAACUCGAGUAAUAUACAUGGUAUAGACAUAUCAUCUAACGCACUCUCAUUAGCAGAAUUAAAUUAUUUUACAUUUAAUUCCAAAAAUCAAUUAAAAAAUUCGGUAAAAUUUUCUAAAUUAGAUAUUUUAAACGCGACAGAUAAUGAAAUUGAUCUAUUUAUUAAAGAUUCCACGGAAAGUGGAAAAGGAUUUAACAUGAUAUUAUCUAAUCCACCUUAUGUUACUAAUGAAGAAUAUAAAACAUUAAAAGAUGAUGUUAAAUUAUGGGAAGAUAAAAUUGCUUUAGUCGCUGAAAAAGAUGGAACCGCAUUUCAUGAACGUAUCGCGUAUCAUACUACUCGAAAUAACGGAUUAUUACGCUUCAAAGAUAGUAUACAAAAUUAUUUACCGCAGUUAAUUAUGGAAAUCGGUGGAAGUCAUCAAGUUAGGAAAGUUAUUAAUUAUUUAAAGAGUUGUGGCUUUAAACAUUUGGAAGUUUGGAGGGAUGCGGCAAAAAAGGAUCGAUGCGUUGUUGCAAAA